CUGCACCUGGCCCAGGACAGAAGCCCAGGCCCGACCUCCUGUGCACCUCCCUACAGGAAAUGCGUACAUGCUGACAACGUCUCUUCCUGGACAAGACUUGGUUGUCCCCAAGAACAGCAGAGCCAUGGCAGCCCCCAGAGGGAGCAAGGUGGCCUGGCUCCUGUGGAUGCUGCUGCUCUGGGGAAAGGACAGCUGCUGCCAGGCCCAGCGUGCAGGCUGCAAAAGUGUGCACUAUGACCUGGUCUUCCUUCUGGACACCUCCUCCAGUGUGGGCAAGGAGGACUUUGAGAAGGUUCGCCGGUGGGUGGCCAACCUGGUGGACACCUUUGAAGUUGGCCCUGACCACACCCGUGUGGGGGUCGUGCGCUACAGUGACCGGCCCACUACGGCCUUUGAACUAGGCCACUUUGACUCCCGGGAGGCAGUGAAGGCAGCAGCCAGGCGCAUCACCUACUACGGGGGCAAUACCAACACCGGUGAUGCCCUCCGCUACAUCACCAGCCGCAGCUUCUCUGUGCAGGCGGGAGGCCGGCCUGGGAACCGUGCCUUCAAGCAGGUAGCCAUCCUGCUGACUGAUGGCCGAAGCCAGGACCUGGUGCUGGACGCCGCAGCAGCUGCCCACGCAGCUGGCAUCCGCAUUUUCGCCGUGGGAGUGGGCGCAGCACUGAGGGAGGAGCUGGAUGAGAUCGCUUCGGAGCCCAAGGCCGCUCAUGUGUUCCAUGUAUCAGACUUCAACGCGAUCGACAAGAUCCGUGGCAAGCUGAGACGGCGCCUGUGUGAGAAUGUGCUGUGCCCCAGUGUCCGGGUAGAAGGAGACCGCUUUAAACACACCAAUGGAGGAACCAAGGAGAUCACGGGUUUUGACCUGAUGGAUUUGUUCAGUGUGAAGGAAAUCUUGGGGAAGAGAGAAAAUGGAGCCCAGAGUUCCUAUGUCCGGAUGGGCUCCUUCCCUGUGGUACAGAGAACUGAGGAUGUCUUCCCCCAAGGUCUUCCUGAUGAGUAUGCCUUUGUCACGACCUUCCGGUUCAGGAAAACAUCUCGGAAAGAGGACUGGUACAUCUGGCAAGUCAUUGACCAGUACGGCAUCCCACAGGUCUCCAUCCGGCUGGACGGUGAGAACAAGGCAGUCGAGUAUAACGCUGUGGGCGCCAUGAAGGAUGCAGUCAGGGUGGUCUUCCGAGGCCCUCGAGUCAGUGACCUCUUUGACCGGGACUGGCACAAGAUGGCCCUCAGCAUCCAGGCCCAGAAUGUGUCCCUCUACAUCGACUGUGUGCUGGUGCAGACGCUGCCCAUCGAGGAAAGGGAGAACAUUGACAUCCAGGGCAAGACUGUGAUUGGCAAGCGCCUCUACGACAGUGUGCCCAUUGACUUUGACCUGCAGCGGAUUGUGAUUUACUGUGACUCGAGGCACGCAGAGCUGGAGACUUGCUGUGACAUCCCAUCGGGCCCGUGCCAGGUGACUGUGGUGACAGAGCCUCCACCUGUACCUCUACCGCUGCCCACCCCCGGCAACGAACAGAUUGGGUUCCUGAAGACCAUCAACUGCUCCUGCCCAUCCGGGGAAAAGGGUGAGAGGGGCUUUGAUGGCCCUGUGGGGCUCCCUGGUCAGAAGGGAGACAUGGGAACCACUGGACCAAUGGGUGCUCCUGGACCCAAGGGAGAGAAAGGAGACGUGGGGAGAGGACCUUCUGUCCAAGGAGAAAAGGGUGAAAAGGGUUCCCUGGGUCCACCUGGGCUCCCCGGAAGAGAUGGCAGUAAAGGCAUGAGAGGGGAGCCGGGAGAGCUUGGAGAGCCAGGGCUGCCUGGAGAGGUGGGCAUACGGGGGCUCCAGGGACCACCUGGACUUCCAGGACCCACUGGACAUGUUGGACCUCCAGGUCUCCAAGGAGAACGAGGUGAAAGGGGAACUCGAGGCGAAAAGGGGGAACGAGGCCUGGACGGAUUCCCUGGGAAGCCUGGAGAGACAGGAGAGCAGGGAAGACCUGGUUCUCCUGGUGUGGCAGGGCCCCAGGGAAAGAAGGGAGAUGUGGGACCUGCAGGGCCUCCUGGUGUGCCGGGCUCUGUGGUGCAGAGAGAGGGCCUGAAGGGGGAGCAGGGAGCUCCAGGACCAAGAGGCCACCAGGGCCUACCUGGGCCCCCAGGAGCUCCAGGUUUAACGGGUCCAGAAGGCAGAGAAGGACUUCCUGGGUCUCAAGGUCUCCGAGGGAAGAAAGGUGACGUUGGUCCGCCAGGACCUCCUGGAGCGCUGGGCCCACAGGGCCCACCUGGACCACCUGGUGUCCCAGGGCCCCCUGGACCCGGAGGCCCCCCGGGUUUACCAGGAGAGCUUGGCUUCCCAGGAAAACCUGGGCCUUCCGGACAUGCGGGAGAGCAGGGCCAGAAAGGAGAAAAGGGUGAUCCCGGCGUGCCUGGGGACCUGGGACCACGGGGCCGUCCUGGAGAAUCAGGCCCCCAGGGACCCACCGGACCUCCGGGUGCCAAGGGACAAGAUGGUGCUGUUGGGGCUCCUGGAGCAGCUGGAAACCCUGGUGCUCCAGGACCUGCCGGACUCCCUGGUCUCAGCGGCCCCCCGGGAAGCGCGGGUGCUGCUGGUGUCAGAGGUCCUCCUGGGAAAGAUGGAGAGCGAGGGGAGAAGGGAACAGCAGGAGAGGAAGGCAGCCCAGGGCCAGCUGGUCCUCGGGGCGAUCCUGGCGCUCCAGGGCUUCCUGGGCCUCCUGGAAAGGGGAAGGAUGGAGAACCGGGACUGCGUGGGCCACCUGGGUUACCUGGUCCUCUAGGAACCAAGGGUGACCGAGGAGCACCCGGGAUCCCUGGUUCUCCUGGCAGCCGUGGUGACCCAGGCAUUGGAGUUGCUGGCCCACCUGGCCCUUCGGGACUGCCAGGAGACAAAGGACCCCAGGGAUCUCGAGGCUUACCUGGAUUUCCGGGCCCCCAGGGACCAGCUGGUCAGGAUGGCGCCCCAGGAAAUCCAGGAGAAAGAGGGCCUCCUGGAAAACCAGGCCCGUCUUCACUGCUGUCUCCAGAGGACAUAAAUCUCUUAGUUAAGGAUGUGUGCAAUGACUGCCCUCCUGGUCCCCCAGGUCUCCCAGGUCUGCCAGGCUUCAAAGGGGACAGAGGUCUCCCAGGAAAGCCAGGGAGAGAAGGCACAGAAGGGAGAAAGAUCUACCUGCUGUGUAGUAGAGGCCUUCAGAUCCGUGUGUCCAUCUAA